AUGGCCGACAACAACUCUGCAGAGACCGUCCCAGUUCGGCGAUCCAAGAGAUCAAGCGCUGCCAUCUCUCCCAUGAAACCAACAACACAGGCAACAACUCCGUCCAGAAAAAGACCUCAAAAAAGAGCUCGCUUUUCUGAACCACUCCUGUCUCGUGGAACGACUGGUCUUACACCCGCCGUGGGCAGAGCUUCCCUGAAAACCCCAAAGCUCAGGAGAGUCUCCACUCCAGCCAUCACCAGGUAUCAAGACCUCGACGAAGUCCAAUUUACCCCAUUCCGUGAAGUCCUCGACGCCAGGACCACCAGAAGGAUUAGGCGAUAUGGGUUGAGUGACGAGAUGAAUCGGUAUCAUGCAGAGAAGAAGUCCAAGACUGAACUGCAACGCCAGCUUGACCAGAAGAACAAGGAAUUGCAGAUCCUCAAGGACGAAUUGGAUGCUUCUAGACUCCGUGAAGUCUCCCUCUUGCAACGUGAUCCUGUUGGAAGCCAGGAACGAAUCAUGCAGUUGGAAGCUGAAGUUGCAGAGUUGACCCAGAGAUCUAACGACGACGAUUUCGGACUCGGCAGCAUUUCACCACAUUUUUGUGGUGAUAAUGAUGGCUUUCACAUCUACGAGGACGAUCACGUCUCCAACGAGAAUCAACCCACUGACGCAGAGGACGAUGUCAUCGUGGAAGUGGAGCUCAGGUCUGCACGACAAGAAAAGCAAGCUCUCUUCCGUUCCAGCCAGGGUUCUUCGAGAAACAUCAUCCACUUUGAAGACUCGCCAGCCCGUUCUUUCGAUGCAUCACAGACAGUGCCUGAUCUUCCUGAGAUCCCUACACAUGAACUAUCGAAAGAACUCAACGCCACCAUCAAUCGAGCUGAAGCCGCCGAACGGGCGCUGCAGGCGAUGACGAACGAAAUCAAAUCCCUCGGCUUUCCCUGCAACAACGAUGACGCCAAUGAUUGUAUCGCUGCCAUCAAGACCCACUUCCGCAGCAUGCGCUUCGAACUCGAACGGGUAGUCCCAGGAGAAAUAGUCAUGUCCUUCGAUUAUACUCGCCUGAUGCCCGAAAUGCUCGCAAAACUAAAGGCAGUUGCGACUCGGGUCCGUGACCGUGAGGCAGAGUUGAAGUCCAUGCGGGAACAACAGCGCUCUUUGAGGGGAAACUUCGACCAUGCGCUUGUUGCAGCAGAGAAAGCGAACAACAGAAUCAAAGAAUUAGAGGAUUUGAUUGACAAGAAUGCCGAAGAGAUGCUUGAACAGCGCAUGCGGGCCCAGGCCCUCGAGCGGGAGGCCAAAGAGCAUGAAGCCAACAACCAAUGUCUCAUUGCCGCCAUUCAGAAGUACCAACUAGAAGUCAAACGCCUCGAAACCUUGGUCGAAUUGAUCGAAGCAGAACAAGCAUCCCGUCUUCAGGACGUGAGAGCCGCCACAACUGCAGAAUUCACACAACAGCUUUCAGACAUGGACGCUAAAGUUGCAGCAGAAACCCGGGGAAGAAGAGCAGCCGAGGACUCUGCUGUUGAGAGGCUGAGGCAGAUCAAUGAACUUGAAUCGGCCUUGGCCACGGCUCGCCAGUACUCGGAAGACGUCAAGGAGCAGCUGGAGACACUGCAGACCCAGUGUUCUGUUUCGCAGCGUGAGCGCGAAGAAGAAGUUGAGGCCCUGAAUGCUAGGAUCCACAAAUUCGAGAAAACGAACACCAAUCUCGAAUCGAGAUGGAAAGCUGAAUUCGCACUCUGCUCUGAAAUCCUUCAGAGCAUGUAUCGUGGCCAGCUCAGAAUUAACAUGCAAUUUGACAAGGAUAUCAAGAAGUACAUCCGGGGCGCAAAAGUACGGCAUGCGAAUUGGGAACUGGAGAGCGAUGACAUGCGGAGCGACGAGAUAGUCGGAGAAGGGCCGAUGACGCCGGCCAGCGUGGUCAGAUUCUCCGAGUACUCGGAAGUCGAGGACACGGAUCGGGAUGGCGAAGGCGACACGGACGAUGCGGACGAUCACGUCGAGGGCAGAGUGGAAUUGUCCCGCGGCAAGAAACACCGUCGCCGCUCGUCGGUGACUCUACCUUCAGCAUUGGGCUUUCCCAGUGCCGGCAUUCUGAAGAAGCCCCACGGAAGAAGGCGAUAUGACAGUGGGAUCGGAAUGGACUCUCUGAGCGAGGCCGAGGAUGAAGUUGACGCUCACCGAGGUGUCAUGACGCCGGAUUUGAGCUCGGAAGGUGAUGAUAUCGACACUGAGAAUGAUCUGCGCCUCAGAGUGUGA